AUGCACUCCAAUUAUGCUGCUGAUUUGGACAAGAAAAGGUCUUUCACUGGAUACGUAUUCACUCUAUUUGGUAUUGUAAUUAGUUGGAGAUCAACAGUUCAGUCUGUGGUACCCUUAUCUUCAACUGAAGCUGAAUACAUGACAUUAUCUGAAUCUGUAAAGGAGUCACUAUGGCUAAAAGGGAUUAUUUCUAAAAUGUACAUGGGCUUAUGUGAUGUCAAGAUUUAUUGUGACUCACAAAGUGUUGUUGCCCUCUCAAAGAACUAUACGUUUCAUGAUAGAACUAAGCACAUUGACGUGCGUUUUCAUUUCAUUCGUGAUGCUGUAAGUGAGAGGAAACUACAAUUGCUUAAGUUCGAACCCCGAACUGCGUUGAAAGGACAAACAGCGGCAGAUUUCAUAGCCGAGCUCACACCACCUUCCGAGCUGAGCGAGUCCGACCAACCGUGGACAAUCUAUGUCGACGGAUCCUCCAACGAGAAGGGGUGCGGGGCCAGGGUCCUCUUGCUCGGACCAGGAGGCGAGCGAUUUGAGUAUGCCUUGAGGUUCGGCUUCCAGACUUCUAACAACGAGGCUGAGUAUGAAGCAUUCAUUGCCGGUCUGCGAAUCGCUAGAGCAUUGGGGGCCUCUUGUGUUAAGGUCUUCAGCAACUCCCAACUGGUUGUGAGCCAGAUCAAGGAAGAGUACCAAGCCAAAGACUCCCGAAUGGAGAAGUAUUUGGGCAAGGUCAGAUCGUACCUCGCCCAGUUUAGAACUUACGAAGUAAGCCGGGUUCCCCGAGCAGAAAAUUCUAAUGCUGACGCCUUGGCCAAGUUAGCAUCAGCGUACGAGAUCGACCUGGCCAGAGAAAUCCACGAAGGAGUGUGCGGCAAUCACUCAGGCGCCCGGUCACUGUCAGCCAAAGUGAUCCGACAAGGAUACUAUUGGCCGACCCUCAGCCAGGACGCCAAGAAGUUCGUUAGAACUUGCGACAAUUGCCAACGCUACGGAAACAUAAUCCACCAACCUCACGAGCUGCUCACCCCCAUCUCGGCCCCGUGGCCAUUCGCGCAGUGGGGGGUAGAUAUCAUUGGUCCUUUCCCUUUGGGCAAAGGCCAGACCAAGUUCGCUGUGGUUGCUGUGGACUACUUCACAAAGUGGGCCGAGGCCGAGGCACUCUCCCACAUAACGGAAUCCAGAGUCACGUCCUUUGUAUGGACAAAUAYCGUAUGUCGCUUUGGUAUACCGAAGGCCAUUGUGACAGAUAAUGGGAAGCAGUUUGACAACGCAAAGUUCAAAGACUUUUGCAGCAAGCUUGGCAUAAGUCACCUUAGCUCGUCCCCCGCACACCCGCAAGCAAACGGGCUGGUGGAGGCAGUGAACAAGAUCGUCAAGUGA